AUGAAUUUCGGCUGUCCGGCCACACGAAGGUCCGUUCACGUGCCACGUCAUGGCCUGGCUGCGCACCUGCCAGUGGUCAAACGCAUCCUGCCGGCAAUCCGCAAGGCCGUGUCCAUCCCCUUCACCUGCAAGUUCCGCACUGGUUGGGAUGACAAAUCCAUCAUUGUUCGGCAAAUGGGUCAGCUUGCCGAGGACUGUGGACUGCAGGGAGUCUCCCUCCAUGGCCGAACCAGGCAGCAGGGCUACUCGGGUGCCGCAAACUGGGACCUGAUUGCAGACCUGAAACAGUCCGUGAACAUACCGGUCAUUGGCAAUGGUGAUGUGUUCUCGCCGGAAGACUGCGUCAGGAUGUUCACUCACACCGGUUGCGACGGAGUCAUGAUUGGUCGCGCCGCCUCAACCAAUCCAUGGAUCUUUUCCCAGAUUCGGCAGUACAUUGCCAGUGGCAAGUACGAGCAACCCACCCAACAGCAACGCUACGAGAUGCUCAGGGACUACUACCAGUUGCUGUUGUCUGAAUCCGACAAGAUUUCAGGAACGGCGGUUCGGCUAGCUGAGUCAGUUUGCGACCUUGACGUCACCGGGCAUGCACAUGGCGCGGAACUGCGCAAAGGUGUGUGCCUCGCUCAUGUACUGCUGACGAUGUGA